GAUGUUCCUGACACCGGACUUUUGUGCGACUUGUUGUGGUCAGAUCCGGAUAAAGAUGUGCAGGGUUGGGGCGAAAAUGACCGCGGGGUAUCAUUCACAUUCGGACCUGAUAUCGUGGCGAAGUUUCUUAACCGACAUGACCUUGACCUGAUCUGUAGAGCCCAUCAGGUAGUGGAGGAUGGCUACGAGUUUUUCGCCAAGCGCCAGCUAGUGACCUUGUUCUCGGCGCCAAACUACUGUGGUGAAUUUGACAACGCAGGGGCGAUGAUGUCCGUUCUCGAAACUUUAAUGUGUUCCUUUCAGGUGCUUAAGCCGUCAGAGAAGAAAGCGAAAUACACCUACAGUGGGUUGAAUUCCGGACGGCCGAUCACCCCUCCGCGGCAUACGGAAAUCACGAAGAAGGCGAGCAAAGCCUAG